AUAUAUAUGUCACAGUGUGACAAAUGGCAUGUGGAACUUAUUCCCGCUGAAGCAGUGUUCCCGGGGAAACGCUUUGAGUGUAACUCUGUUCCCAGGCCUGUGUGUGUGUUUGUUGCUGUGACAACCCCAAAUGAUGGAUUGGCAACAGGUGUGGGGGAUUUACUCAGAGUUUGCGUGAGGCCUCAUCAACAGUGGAGAGGAUAAAAAGCAAGAGAGAGAGGUGGUGCGUGUGGUUUUUCUCCCUUGUGAAAAGUCGUUUUAUUGGGUGGUAAUAGUGGCUGGAGGACGGGUGAAUGAAGUGGAAAGUGUUGCUUUGCUGAGGGAUUCGAGGACAACAGAAGGAGAGUGAAAUACCCUGUUUGCAUUGGAGAGGAGCUAAGUAACUGAGAACUGAGUCUUGUAAUUGCACACGUUUGACACUGAAUUGGAUGCGGUUUGGAGUGUUUGGAUCACGAUCAUAAAUAUCACUGAGUGGAUUGUAUUGAUUCAUUACCGAUCUCUUACCUCUCCCUCCUCUAUAAAUGGUGAUGUGAACUCUGCCUGUGACUGUGAAGAAAAACAUCUCAGAACAUCCUCCGUGGCAGUGAGGAUUGCGCCCUCCCCCUUCCCUUCGGACAGAAACCCGAAUGAGAAGAGAUGCCCUGUUGAAAUAUUUACUAUCUGCCUCAGAAAAGCUCUGUGCAACCUGUUGACUUCGAGUCUGCUGUAUUCCUGCCAUUCAACUGUAUGGUGAGAGGUGUUCGCUCCUUCCAAUACAUGUGAAUUGUAUACUUGCCUGAAACAUCCAUUCUGUCUGUCUCAGAAGAAGCCCCAUUCAGCCUGUUGACUUCGAGUCUGCUGUAUCCCUGCCAUUCAACUGUAUGAAGAAGCCCAUAUUCAGCCUGUUGACUUCGAGUCUGCUGUAUCCCUGCCAUUCAACUAAGAAGCCCCAUUCAGCCUGUUGACUUCGAGCCUGCUGUAUCCCUGCUACUCAUCUGUAUGAGGAAGCCCCAUUCAGCCUGUUGACUUCGAUAGAAACCCUGCACAGCCUGUUGACUUAGAGUUUGUUGCAUCCUUGUGGCCCACCUGUGCUGAGAGAGGUGACUGUCCUUUGUCACGAACGUGAGAGGGGCACGCUUUGUCUGGAAUAUCCACUCUGACGGUGUCAGGAGAAGCCACCUUACUGAAGACCGUGCACCUGCCGUAUACGUACUUGACUGAUAUCAUUCGCCUCAAAUUCCGUACCUGUGGAAGAAGGAAGGAAGGCUGGAAUUACAUACUUACCGGAGGAGACUUACCGGACCCCUCACUUGCCAAACACAUCCCCACCUCAAGGCUGUGUAUCUGCCGUGUACGGACCUGACCGAUAUCCAUCCGUCCCAAAUUCUGCAUCUGUGAAGAAGGGAAGGGAGUUUGGAAGUAUUUAAUUACCAGAGGAGACUUACCAGACUGCGGGCUUGCCGAUUGUAUUCCCACCUGUGAAAUACCUACUUGACCACCCAUCUGUCCAUCUAUUGCGGGGCCCGCACAGAGGAAGAGGGCGGGAGAGUCCCCGGUCGCUGCAUUGUUUACCUUCAAGCCCUGAGGGUAACAAAGAAGAUUUUAGUUUAGGAUUCCCAAUUUGUUUUUACUUCAAAAUAAAACUUGUUAAAUUUAUUCUCUGUUUCCGACUCUUCCCUCUGAUACGCUCCUCGAGGUGGUCCUGGUUUAGGGGAGGGCGCAGUCCAGCUUGGCCCCCCUGACCUGUGACAGAUUGGCGUAGUCGGCAGGGUUCUACCUCGAGUUGAGCGACCAGAGGUCGAGAUGGCAGAAGAGGAAGUGCUUGGGGCACGGCAACCCGUCGUGCCAAUCUUUAUGGGGGCUCCGUGGGCUCCGAAGUAUGGAGGCCCGGGAUCCGAAAUGAGCUUGUCGAUGUGGAAGGUACAGGUGGAGUACCUGGCAGGGCUCCAAGGUCUGAGUGCCCCGCAGCAGGUUCAGUUUGUUUUAAACUCUUUGGAAGGGGAAGCGAGGAGAGAAGUUCAGGCAGCACCGGCAGCAACUCGAGCGACUGUCCAGGCCAUUUUUGACUUCCUCACGGGACAAUAUGGAGACACCACCCCGGUAGCUGUUCUGAGGACGCAAUUUUUCAAUUCUCGGCAAGGCCCUCGGCAAUCUGUUCGGGCAUUUACCCUACAAUUACGGGAACAGUUUUCUAGACUUACAGGGAGACAGGAUCAUGGCCUGGGGGGCGAAGAGGUUUUACUACGAGAUCAGUUUUUAGUGGGGCUGCGGGAAGGCCCUGUGCGUCAGAGUCUGCGGGUGCAAUUUCGACGAACCCCGAACCUGACCUUUGAAGAGCUUCGACAAGAAGCACUGGCCCUUGAGUGUGACCACAUGGAGAAUGUAGAUCCUCCCAGCUGCCUAGCCACGAAUGUUGUUAGCACCCCUUUGACUACUACGACAUCUGACUGGAAGCAGGCCCUCCGGGAAGAGUUGAAGAGAGAUGUGCGGGAACAAAUGUCUGACCUAUCUAAAUCUUUUAUGGAGGAGCUUCGGCGAGUGCGCCUCCAGUUGUCCUCUUUACCGCGGGAGCGGGCUUACUCUGAUGGGAACCGUCCUCCCGACCGCCGUCCAUCCCGACCUUCUGGCUCGCGAUUUCAGUGGGAUGAGCGUGGGCGUCCCAUCUGCAACGGCUGUGGAGAGCCGGGACAUUACUUCCGUCAGUGUCCUGCUCGACGUGCAUCGCAAGGGGGUUUUUAGAGUUUCCGGCCACUGUGGGUCAAGUGGUCGGGACCCCCUUAUCAGACCCCUCUCUGCCUACAACUUCUAGGAGCCGCCUGGUGGGCUGUUGCCCAGUGGUGGUGGUUCAGGUCAAUGACCAGAAAGUGCAGUGCCUCUUGGAUACAGGCUCCCA